CUCUUUUCUGGUUUAUCUCCCACCCUUGGCGCGACAGUAGUCUCUAUCAAGGCAGUGACCACCAUUGCGAAAACGGAUGAUAACUUCGUGUGUGCAACCAUGGAUUGGUGGCCACCUGACAAGUGCAACUACGGCAUGUGUCCCUGGGGGAACGCAUCCAUUCUCAACCUGGAUUUGAACAAUCCCAUUCUUGUCAAUGCUCUUAAAGCUUUUGGGUCUUUGAGGAUUAGAAUUGGAGGGUCACUGCAGGACCAAGUGUUGUACGAAGUGGGUGACGGUGCCCAUGCAUGCCCAGACUUCAAGAUUGACAAGAAUGGGUUGUUUGGCUUCACCGAAGGCUGUCUUCCCAUGCAAAGAUGGGAUGAACUCAACAAGCUUUUCAAUAGUACAGGCUCCAUAAUUUCUUUUGGACUGAAUGCAUUAGCUGGGAGGUCGAAGUCAAACUCCAGUGGAAAUUUAUAUGAAGGUCAAUGGGACCCUACAAAUGCUCGUGACUUCAUCAAGUAUACCUUGUCGAAGAACUACACCAUUGAAUCCUGGGAGCUAGGAAAUGAGCUCUCUGGAUCUGGAGUUGCCGCAAGUGUUGAAGCUGUGCAGUAUGGCAAGGACAUGAUCGUCCUGAAGAAUGUCAUCAAUGAUCUGUAUGGACAAUCCAAACAACACCCAAAACUUUUGGCACCAGGAGGAUUCUUCGACAAGAAAUGGUUCGCUGACAUGCUUCAGACAUCAGGACCCGGUGUCAUUGAUGCAGCAACACACCAUAUCUACAACCUCGGCCCAGGUAAUGAUAAGGAUCUUAUCCGCAAGAUCCAGGAUCCAUAUUACCUGGAUCAAGUAGCUCAGACCUUCAAUGAUGCCUUGAUCACUGUCGGGGAGUUCGGCCCGUGGAGUUCUCCUUGGAUCGGCGAGUCCGGAGGUGCCUACAACAGCGGUGGCAAAAGUGUCUCCAAUGCGUUUGUGGAUGGAUUCUGGUAUUUAGAUCAGCUGGGCAUGGCAUCCACAUACAACCACAAGGUCUACUGUCGGCAAAGUUUGAUCGGAGGAAACUACUGUCUCCUGGACACCACAACCUUCGUCCCCAACCCAGAUUUCUACGGUGCUUUGCUUUGGCACCAACUGAUGGGUCCGGGAGUUCUUCACACAACAAACGACGGCUCGCCUUACCUUCGUGCAUACGCUCACUGCUCCAAGAAGAAGUCGGGUGUUACGCUUUUGCUGAUAAACCUGUCUAACUCCACCGCCUUCGACGUCGUGGUCACCAGCGACUUGAACUUGUAUCAACCUCGCUCGGGCAAUGAACAAGGACAACAUGGGGAGAGGGAGGAAUACCAUCUCACAGCUCAAGGUGGAGACCUCAGGAGCAGUGAAAUGCUUUUGAACGGGAAGCUGCUGAAGCUUACACCGAGCUUUGAGAUACCGCAUAUGGAGCCUUCCAUCGUCAGUGCUGGUGCUCCUCUUACGAUUGCUCCACUCUCGAUUGCUUUUGUCAGAUUCAAGGACUUCCAAGCUCCUGCUUGUGCAGGCAACUGA